UGAAAGUGUCGAAGAGAAGUGACUUAAUACGGAAAUCGAAAACGGAAGAAAGCAUAACGGAGGAAAAUGAUACAAACAUCAAAAUGUGCUUUGAUAUGUGUUCUGAUGUGUCUGGGCUCACCCGUUUUGGGUAGCUUCCUGCAUGGUCCUUCGGCGGUGGGCGUGCCCGUGGGAGUUCCAGUUCCGGUGCCAGUUCCAGUGCCAUCACCAUUUCCGGUUCCAUCACCAGUGGCUGUUCCCACUCCUGUGGCUGUUCCCGCUCCGGUAGCUGUUCCCGUUUCCGAUACUGUGACUGUGCCGGCGGUUUAUAACGUUCGUCAGCCAUAUAAUACCUAUGGACCUCCAGAUCAUUAUGCUCCAGCUCCUUCUCCUCCGGCGAUUUUUAAAUAUGCCGCUUCUUAUGCUUCACCUCAGCCAGUCAUUAAAUACUCUUUGGGAGCUCCAGUAACCACCACCACUACUACUUAUACAGGAUUUGCAGCACCACCGACGGCUCAAUAUGCCUCACCACCGCCAGUACAAUUUGCGGCAGCAGCACCACCGCAGUUCAUAGCCAGAUUUGCGGCCCCGCCCACUGGUUACCAGUUUGCAGCUGCCCCCUCCUACGGAAGAUUUAAGCUCCACUUUGGGUCACCACCUCAUCAUUCCCCUGCUGCCGUCUAUGGGGCUCCCCCCACUACUCAGGGCUGGUAACUCGAGAAACCGCAACCCCAGAUGGGCCCCGGCUCAUUAUGCAUAACUAUGAAUGAUAAUUUCCUCAAAUUAGCAAUUAAUUAAAUCUAAAUAAUGUUGUUAUGUUUUGUAUUAUCCGCAGUUCGUGAAUUUAUGCGCAGAACGCGCAACGUAUCGAUUAAAUUAUGCUUAUAUUA